AUGGAACCCCCAACAUCAAUUAAGGAGGUGCAGUGGCUGACAGGUCGAAUGGCGGCUCUUGGGCGUUUCCUCUCCAAAUCGACCAAAAGGGAACUCCUGUUUCUUCAGACGUUAAGGGCAGGGAAAAAGUUUGAGUGGACGGAGCAAUGCCAAAAGUCAUUUGAGGCAUUAAAAGAGUACUUGAAGGAAGUCCCUUUAUUGACUCGGCCUGAAACUGGGGAAAUGUUAUAUCUGUACUUGGGCGUAAGUGACAAAGCAGUGGCACUGGCCCUAUUGAACGCCUCCAGAAAGUUGAGGCCAUAUUUCCAAGCUCACUCCAUUAGCGUACUGACAGACCAACCAUUACGGAGCAUUUUGCAAAAGCCUGAGUGUUCCGGUUGUCUCACCAAAUGGUCCAUUGAGUUGAGUGAGUAUGACAUACAAUAUCAUCCUAGGCAGGCUAUAAAAGGGCAAGCAUUGGCGGACUUUAUUGUCGAAUGUACACCCUCUAAGGAGGCCAAGGAAAAGAGCAUAACAGAGUGGUUACUGUUUGUUGAUGGGGCUGCCAGUUCCCAAGGGAGUGGAGCAAGAAUAGUGCUUAUCCCACCAGAAGGAGAAUCCCUUGAAUACUCUCUAAGAUUCGCUUUUCCAAGCUUGAAUAAUGUGGCCGAGUAUGAGGCACUAAUCGCUGGUCUGAGGUUAGCCCGAAAACUUGAGGUAGCACAAUUGAUAGCCCACAGUGAUUCUCAACUGAUCGUUCAGCAAUACUACGAGCAGUACGAGACUAGAGAGCCGGCCAUGGGACAGUAUCUCCAGAAAGUCAGGGCACUUGCACAGUUGUUCGAAAGUUUCCAGCUAGUACAGAUCAACAGAUCCCUUAAUGGCCAUGCAGACGCUUUAUCCAAAUUAGCAUCCACUAAAGAAACUACUGGGAGAAUAGUGUAUGUGGAAGUCCUUCAACGACCAAGUAUAGAAGAACCUGAAGUAGCAUGUAUUGAGAAUAGUAACGACUGGAGAACCCCUUUCUACAAAUAUUUGACCACGGGAGAAUUAUCGACAGACCCAAAAGAGGCUAAGAAAAUUAAAUUUAGAGGAGUUCGUUUCACAAUAAUAGAUGGGAUGCUAUACAAGCGAGCGCACACUAUGCCACUCCUCAAAUGCUUAGGUCCUCGGGAAACCAAUUAUGCUUUGACUGAGGUUCACAGUGGAGUAUGCUGUGAGCAUCUGGGAGGAAGGGCCCUCGCGGCCAAAAUCCUAAGGGCAGGCUUUUUCUGGCCCACAUUACAACAUGACGCUCAAGCAAAGGUCAAAGAGUGUGAUAAAUGUCAGAGGCACGCCCCGAUUCAUUCUGCUCCGAUAUCGCAACUACAACCCACAUUCCAGCCCAUUCCCUUCGCUCAAUGGGGCUUGGAUAUUCUCGGCCCAUUUUCGCAAGCUACAGGGGAAAGGAAAUUCCUUUUGGUGGCAACGGAUUAUUUUACCAAGUGGAUUGAAGCCGAAGCCCUAGCCACCAUCAGUGCGAGGAAAGUAGAGGCCAUGGUAUGGAAAGACAUUGUAUGUCAAUUUGGAAUCCCACGAAUCAUUAACACCGAUCAUGGAAAGCAGUUCGACUGUGAUUCUUUCUGA